AUUGGACAACGAAAACGGACUGAGACAAAGCCAGUAAAAUGUUCAGCUUGAUCGCUGCUAAAGUCUGAUGUCAUGACUAGCCGUAUUGUUGGUAUCGUGUAAGACGGCAAAGCUGAAGCAUACUUGCGAAAGCACUGCAAGAUAUUGGAGUUGCCGUAUACUAUGGGCCGGUCUCUCCAUUGAGCUUGAAAGACGUACUUAAGACUCGUGAACCCUCUCGAUUUAUUGUAGUUUAAAUAAAUUAAUACCUUUGAUAUUACAAGACAAUUUAAAGACUUCUACUCGUAAUAAGAUACCCUCCAAGUUAACUAUAUUCAAUACUCGAUAGAUCGAUACCUAACACGACUCGCAAAUCGUAAUGACUUCCUACACUACUCCCCAAGAAUCUGAACCUCAUCCACCAGGAUCCUUCCCCACAGACGACGUGAUUCCUACACAGGAUUCCAGCUUAACUUCCUCGAGCUCACACAACAAGCUGCACAAACGAGACGACCCAAGGGGUUGGAGUGAGGAAGAGAAGGCAGCGUGGGGACAUCAACACACGGACUCGGGUGUUGGUUUAACAGAUCCGACCCUGUCAUCAAACCCCCACACUCUUGACCGAGCAAGCGAUGGAGCUUUCCACUCGAACAAUACCACUCUACAGAACAAUGGCGUAGCACCAAGCACUGUUGCUAGUACUACAACGAGGUCGCCUAACUACCAAGGAAACGAGGGUAAACCUGGCGUUAUGACUGGCGCCUAUGGUCAUAACAAUGUUGAUAGCGGCAACAACUACUAUCCUAAGCCAACCACGGAGGAUACGUCUUCCCAAAAUCAAACCAACGCAAGGGGUGUCGAUGCUGUUGGAUCCGCACCAGGGAUAGCUACCGCUACUAAAUCAGGCAAUGCAGAACGAGAGCAAAUCCCUGAGGAUCGUAACACUAUUCAGAAUGGCUUACGUCAAACUAGCAAUGUUGAGCACGAUGAUCCAUAUUGGGGCAACAUUCCCCACGGUACCGGUGUCUAUAACACAGUUACUGGACAUGGUAGUUCUGAGACAGCCACCGACGGCUCCCUUCAUUCACAGGGCCUUCUAAGCCACGAGCAGCAGCGUGCAUUCCCACUUCAAACUUCCAACAAUGCUGCCCACGAUGAGACUGGCCAGCGCAACGGUUCACGGUUUAAGGAGAGCCUAGGCGAAUCCACUACGGGUGCAGCUGCAGGACUCACCACCUAUGAACUUGCUGAAAGGCGACGUGACCAUCAACAUGAGGACGAUUUGAAAGAGCCCACCUCCCGCAAGCACCACGAAGCAGAUACCAAAAAGGAGAGUAAGUUUGGUAGUUUGUUCCAUCGGGAUCACAAGGCUGAGAAGGAAACCAAGUCUGAGAAGCUCAAUGAACCAGUUCCUAGUAAAGAUGACAGACCGUUAAGAGAAAGGGACGCUGGCGUAGCCCUUGCCGCCGCUACUGGAGCAUAUGGUGCGAAGAAUCAGGCCGACAAGCAUGACAACAAAGCAAGAGAGUCCGAGCACGAUGUAGCAGAUAACAAGGCGAACGCACUUUAUCAGCAUCCUAACGAGAAAAUCAACUCGAAGGAUCCCUUUAUCGCCGCUGGAUACACGAAGACUGGCAACCAGGGUUCUACAAAGAUUACGAACAAUGCUUACCCCCCCUCUGAAGAUGUGACCACGAGAGGCAACCCCUAUAGCUCUCAGACUACAGAGAAGCCUAACGAACGGAAUGAUUCGAAACUUGGCUACGGCCUCGCAGCCGCUGGCGUGGGAGCCGGUGCUGGCUAUGCUGCCCACGAGCAUGCCAACAGAGAUAGCGAGAAGAAUAAGGUGCAUCCCAACCAACAAGCAUUCCACGAUUCAACGACGGCGUCAAAGGCAAUCACGCAACCAUUGGACGCAGGUUACACUAUCGGCAAGCCUCAACUCGCAGUGUUCCCUGGCACCGGAAAGACCACCGCCCCCUAUGAAAAUACACAGGGUCUAUCCCAGUCAGGCUCCAGCGCUAGCCGCUCCCUCGAUGAUUCUAGCCGCCACGGCGAGUAUAACGUCCUGCAGGGCGGUCCUCCUUCCGGUGCUAACGUCGGAGAUCAUCAUUACGGUGACAAGAAGAACGUGAUAGCUUCGUCGUCACCGAAUGCUACACGCGACGCCGUGACGAACGAUAACCACACUGGUGCUAAGGCGGCGGCUGCUGGUGCUGGUGCUGGUGCUGCUGGUGCCGGCGCUGCUGCUCACUACACUGGCAAACGUAAUAGCAACUCUACUAGCAACACUUCAUCCGCACCGUAUGAGGUCUCCGGCGCCAAUGGUCGUGCACCUACGGACUCUACCCACGGCAGCACUUACAAGGCCUCCCCAACCCACACUCCCUCCGGUACGAAUGCCGACGACGGCCAACAAUAUAAUAAGCACAAUGCCGCCACGCCGUCUCCUACUAGUGCCACACGAGGCACUGUAGAUGACAACAACCACAGCCGUGCCAAAGCUGCUACCGGAGCCGCCGGUGUAAUCGGCGCUGUAGCCACUGCCAAGCACCACUCCCAGCGCAACACCAACGAUCCCACCGCCGUCCCGUCCACCACCACUCGCGACCACCAGUCUUCCACCACUAGCUCCAGCAACCGUGCGUCGAGCGACUCCAGCCACGGCGGACAAUACAACGUCCUCCCAUCCGGCACGCCUUCAGGCAUCAACAUCAGCGAGCGCGACGACCUCAGCCGCAAGAGCCUAGACGACACUGCUAGCAAGACCAAGACACCCGCAACCGCAGCUCAUCCCACCGCUACGAGUGCGAUCCCCGCUUCGAAGAAGGAUGUUGCUGGUACGUCGGCGGGUGUCCCUGCCGGUCUAAACCCCGCAGACAAGGUGCUGCAUCGGUGCAGGAAGUGCGGCGAGGAGAAUGAUAUCACGGGGUAUUUCCGCGCAUGAGGCAGGACGGUAAUUGUGGGUGAGGGAGAAUGAUGGAUACAUACGAAUUAUGAGAUAGUACCGGGACUGAGACUGGGAUUAGGGAAUGAAUUUAAUAAGACACCAGUCAAGAUUGGAAACUAUGGGUAUGUGCUUAUGAGGUUUGGCUGUAACGAGAAUACGAAAGUAAUAAUAUGAUAUAUUAGGAUCAACUACAGUUAGUUAAUAAUACUGUGAAGAUGUAUCGUUUUUUACAGUAGCGAUUUCAAGAUGAAAUAAUUUGUAUACCCUGUCUGAUAUUGGCAACAAAAGACGCAUACCGUCGGAUUAAUGACAUUAUAUAACCAAACCCAGUAUACACUUGAACUAAGUAAAUGCUACCAAGUCGUGAAUACUAGUUCGUCGCUGAUCGCUUUAUUCCGUAUCGAAGUCUGCUUGACCCUGAUUGACCACGUAUCUAUCGUAUAGAUAUAGUAUACCGGUGAUCUGUUUUUGAGAUUCUAACGACGCUAUCUCUGAUUAAACUGAAAUUCGACGAUGUUG